ACAGAAAGCGCAGCUGCUCGCCCGGAGUCCACGCCCCCUCCCCGCCCCGGUGACAAGCUCUGCGGAAAGUCGCGUUUGUGAUUUCUGAAGAGCACCGAGCGGCACCACGGCGGUGCUGCCUGGUCGUUGGGGCCAAGUGAAGAGGAAACGGUUUCCUGGCGGACAGCCCCCCACCCCCGCCGCCCCUAGGCAGCCCGCACCUUCAGGGUCUGAAGAUGCUGAGAUCUAUGUGGAAUUUUCUAAAACGUCACAAAAAGAAAUGCAUCUUCCUAGGCACAGUGCUCGGAGGAGUAUAUAUCCUGGGAAAAUAUGGACAGAAGAAAAUCAGAGAAAUACAAGAAAGAGAGGCUGCAGAAUACAUUGCUCAAGCGCGACGACAGUACCAUUUUGAAAGUAACCAGAGAACUUGCAAUAUGACAGUGCUGUCCAUGCUUCCAACACUGAAAGAGGCCUUAAUGCAGCAGCUCAAUUCCGAGAGCCUCACGGCUCUGCUGAAAAACAGGCCUUCAAACAAGUUGGAAAUAUGGGAGGAUCUGAAAAUAAUAAGUUUCACCCGAAGUAUCGUGGCGGUGUACAGCACUUGUAUGCUGGUCGUUCUUCUCCGGGUCCAGUUAAACAUAAUUGGUGGAUACAUUUACCUGGAUAAUGCAGCAGUUGGCAAAAAUGGCACUACAGUUCUUGCUCCUCCAGAUGUCCAACAGCAGUAUUUAUCAAGUAUUCAACACCUCCUUGGCGACGGCCUGACAGAAUUGAUCAGUGUCAUUAAACAAGCUGUACAGAAGAUUUUAGGAAGUGUUUCCCUUAAACACUCUUUGUCCCUUUUGGGCUUGGAGCAAAAGCUAAAAGAAAUCAGAAACCUGGUGGAGCAGCAUAAAUCCUCUUCUUGGAUUAAAGAAGAUGGAUCCAAAUCUUUGUUAUGCCGCUACAUGAUGCCAGACGAGGAAACUCCAUUAGCAGUUCAGGCAUGUGGGCUUUCUCCUAGAGAUGUUACCACUAUUAAACUACUCAGUGAAACUAGAGACAUGUUGGAAAGUCCAGAUUUUAGUACAGUUUUGAAUACAUGUUUAAACCGAGGUUUUAGUCGACUACUAGACAAUAUGGCUGAGUUCUUUCGACCUACUGAACAGGACCUGCAACAUAGCAACUCCAUGAGUAGUCUUUCCAGUGUCAGCCUGCCAUUAGCUAAGAUAAUUCCGAUAGUAAAUGGACAGAUCCAUUCAGUUUGCAGUGAAACACCUAGUCACUUUGUUCAGGAUCUGUUGAUGAUGGAGCAAGUGAAAGACUUUGCUGCUAAUGUGUAUGAAGCUUUUAGUACUCCUCAACAACUGGAGAAAUGACUUCUUUUCCUUCAAGGAAAACUACAAGGGAACUCAUUUACAUUUAAAAAUAUGCUGAAUAAAUCAACUAUAUAUAGGGUAAUGAUUUGUUACUGAAUUGCCUAAUAAAAAUAUAUUCUUAAUCAAAGUCUUCAUUUCGUAAAUAAAAUAGAUUUAUUUGACAUCUUAAUAUAUUUUUUUAAAGUCAUCAAUAGACUAGUUUUGUGGGCAUAUCUUAGUGUACACAGUGCAGGUAUCAGAGCUGUUAAUACUUUGUUACACCAUGGAUAUUAGUUCCAAACUGACAAAAACUAAUGUAGAUACUUUUUUUAUAUAGAAUAUGAAAUGUAGUAUACAUUGACAUUUAUAUGGAGGAAAAAAUCUGUUUGAGAAAUAGGUGUGAAAUUUAGAAAAUGUACUACUUAAGUUCACUGGACUGUAAUAUACAUGAAUGAAUCAGACUUUUCUCGUUACUCUUCAAAUGAAUAAAUUAUUUACCUUAGACAACCCAGAUGAAGGACAUUUGUUUUUAUGGACAUUAGUGAAUUUAACAACCAUGAUCAGUAAUUUUUUUCUUUACCAUUGUUAACAAUCCUUAGAAUAUUACAUAUUUGAUUUAGAGGCUGAAAUUGUGCUGUUGUUAUUACUCAGCGGCUAUUAUUAGCUACAUAGUUUCAGCAUUUGUAUGUAAAUAAUUUUAAUAACUUACUUUGUAUUGAUUUUGAGCACAGUAAAUAUCUUACUGCAAUAAAAUAUUUUAGUAAAAUA